AUGACUACUCCCGAGAUCUCGAUCCCUCAGAAACAAAAGGCCGUUGUCUUUGAUCAACCAGGCACUAUAUCAACCAAGGUCGUUGAGAUCGAUGUACCGGAGCCCGGAGAUGGCGAGGUCCUCAUCAAUCUAACCCAUUCCGGCGUCUGCCACUCAGACCUUGGAAUAAUGACAAACACUUGGAGCACGCUGCCCUACCCAACCCAGCCCGGACAGGUAGGCGGCCACGAAGGCGUAGGUAAAAUCGUCAAACUAGGCCCAGGCACCACAGCCAGCGGCCUAAAAAUCGGAGACCGAGUCGGCAUCAAAUGGGUCUCCAGCGCAUGCGGAAACUGCCCUCCAACUAACCUCGCACCCACCCCAGUCCCCUGCCAAGCAGGCUCCGACGGCCUCUGCUUCAACCAAAAAGUAUCCGGCUACUACACGCCCGGCACAUUCCAACAAUACGCGCUCGGCCCCGCAAACUACGUAACCCCAAUCCCAGACUCUCUCUCCUCCGCCGAAGCAGCCCCCAUGCUCUGCGCCGGCGUAACAGUCUACUCGGCCCUAAAACGCAGCAACGCCCGGCCCGGCCAAUGGGUCGUGAUCUCCGGCGCCGGCGGCGGCCUCGGCCACCUGGCCGUGCAGCUCGCCAGUCGCGGAAUGGGCCUGCGCGUUAUCGGCAUCGACCACGGCAGCAAGGAGGAGCUCGUGAAGGCGUCGGGCGCGGAGCACUUUGUUGAUAUUACGCAGUUCCCUCGCGAUGAUAAGGGCGAGGCGCUGAAGAAGCAUGUUAAGGGGUUGGCGGAUGGGUUGGGCGCGCAUGCGGUGCUGGUUUGCACGGCGGCGAAUGCGGCGUAUGCGCAGGCGCUGCCGUUGUUGAGGUUUAAUGGCACUGUGGUUUGUGUGGGGAUUCCCGAGAAUGAGCCGCAGGCUAUUGCGAAUGCUUUUCCGGGGAUUUUUGUUAAUUCGCUUGCGACUGUUACGGGGUCGGCGGUCGGGAAUCGGGUGGAGGCUGUUGAGACUUUGGCGUUUGCGGCGAGGGGGGUGUUGAAGGUUCAUUAUCGGGUUGAGAAGAUGGAGGCGUUGACGGAGGUUUUUAAGGAUAUGAAGGAGGGGAAGGUGCAGGGUCGGGUUGUGUUGGAUUUGUCUUGA